UGAUCUUUAUCUGAAAAGUUUUGUUGCCAUUUUCAUAUUGUUAUAUAUAUCAUUUUUUAUCAUUUUAAUAAUGAUUUUCUAUCGACGACAAUCAACGAAAUAACAAGAAUCAACAAAAGAAAUCGCCACCCUAUUACUACCAUCACCACAACCACCACCACGAACAACAAAAUCUGUUGAAAAUGAAUCAACAAAUCAUCCGGUUUCAUUAUCAUCACAUUCAUUACAAUCAAGUCCAUCGAAUUCGGAGAAAAAAUUCGGCAACACUACCAACGACAAACAACAUAACGGAUGCUGAUUUUGAUUCGAAUAAUAAUAAUUCAAUGAAAAUUCAGAUAAAAAUUAAUCAACAAGAUCCAUUUCAACGAGGACGAAAUGCACAUCAAAGAAAAAUUCGUUUUCGUGAAUAUGGAAUUGAUGAUUUCCGUUUCCUUACAUUAUUAGGUCGUGGUAGUUUUGGUAAAGUAAUGCUUGCCGAAUUGAUCAAUCAUGAUUGCCAUUUUGCUGUGAAAUGUUUGAAAAAAGAGACUGUUAUCGAAGAUGAUGAUGUUGAAUCCAUUAUGAUUGAACGUAAAGUGCUUGCAUAUGGUACAUCACAUCCAUUUAUUUGUAAAUUAUUUUGCACAUUUCAAACGGAGAGUCAUUUAUUUUUUUCAAUGGAACUUUGUUCCGGUGGUGAUCUUAUGUUUCAUGUGCAGAAAGAAGGAAAAUUUUCUGAAAAUAAAGCAAAAUUUUAUUCAUCCGAAAUGAUUUGUGCACUUUGGUUUCUACAUAAACGUGGUAUAAUUUAUCGUGAUCUCAAAUUGGAUAAUGUUAUGGUUGCUAAUGAUGGACAUAUUCGUUUAGUUGAUUUUGGAAUGUGUGUUGGUAAAAUGUAUCGUGAAGAAUUUUUACCAUCAAAUUUUUGUGGUACCCCUGAAUAUAUGGCACCAGAGAUAAUAAAAGGAAUAAAAUACAAUCAUUCAGUUGAUUAUUGGGCAUUAGGCGUUGUCAUAUAUGAAAUGUGUGUGGGCACAUCACCAUUCAAUGGUACGGAUGAAGAUGAACUAUUGUGGAAUGUAUGCAAUACUGAAGUACAUUAUCCAAAAUUUCUUUCUGAACAAGUGAAAAAUUUAAUUGUUCUGUUAUUGAAAAAAAAUCCACAAGAAAGACUUGGCUCACCAAAUAGUACGGCUGGUGAAAUUGUUCAACAAUCAUGGUAUCAUGGUGUACAAUGGGAUAUGGUGGAAAAAUGUCGUUGUAAACCACCAUUUAUACCACAAUUGGCACACGAUGCAGAUGUAUCAUAUUUUGAUCAAUAUUUUACAAAAGAAAUUCCAUGUAUAACACCAUGUGAAAAACCGAUUAAUGAAAAUGAUCAGCUAUUGUUUCAAGGAUUCAAUUAUACGAAUCAUAGAAUGACUGAAUGAAACAAAAUCUAAUCUCUUUCCGGUACAUGAAAUCAUCAUCACGUAAUAAAUAUACAAACAAACACUGAUU